GGUGCACUGUGUCCCUCGGACUCAGCGGAUCACUGAUCCAUGGAAAGAGCCGAAGAUGUCAGCUAGGUCAUGUGAUCAGCUGUGUCCAAUCACAGCUGAUAACAUGGGACAUGUACACAGAUCAUCAGAGCACUGAUGAUCAGUGUGCCCUGAUGAUCUGUGUAGCCCCAGCAGCGCCACCUGUCAGUGUCCAUCAGUGCCAGCUCUCAGUGCUCAUCGAUGCCACCUGCCAAUGCCCAUCAGUGCCACAUCAAUGCCACAUAUCAGUGCCCAUCUGAGCUUCCUUUCAGUGUCACCCAUCAGUGCCAGUCAGUGCCGCCUAACAGUGUCGUCUAUCAGUGCCAGUCAGUGCCGCCUAUCAGUGCCAUAUAUGAGUGCUGCCUUUCAGUGCUCAUCAGUGAUGCCUGUCAAUGCCCAUCAGUGCCACCUACCAGUGCCUCCUCAUCAGUG